GUAUAUGUCUCCGGAAGACUGAACUUCGCGCAAAUAAAAAUAAUACAGUUCUCCAAAAAAAUUUAGUUGAAUUUCGGAGAAUAAACAGUGUCAAGAUGCUAGCAUUACACCUAAAUAUUCUGCUAGUUCUGGGAGUGACUGUGCGUGCUCAGGUUUCAGUUUCUAUGCCAUGUGCUGUAUUACUUGGAGUAGAUACCUGUAGGCAAGGAUAUCGUUGUGAGGGAGGAGUCUGUCGGCCAAGGGGCACGUCAGCUAGAUGUUCUCAGGUAUUGCCAUGCCCUAAUCCUUUUACUCACACGUGCCGACGUGGACAGUGUGUACCAGUGCAACAGUCUGGCUGUUUGGAUUGUGAAUUCAACCCUAACAGCAUUUGUGAAUUUGACCGGUGCGUCACGAGACCUGGAGCACCAUGCGGUGGAUUAACCUUCCAACCCUGUUCAUCUGGUCAUGUCUGCAGAAGAGGGAUCUGUUCACCGCAGCAACAGAUUGGCUGUUUAGAUUGUGAAUUCAACCCAGGCAGCAUUUGUGAAUUUGACCGGUGCGUCACGAGACCCGGAGCAUCAUGCGGUGGAUUAAACUCCCAGCCCUGUUCAUCUGGUCAUGUCUGCAGAAGAGGGAUCUGUUCACCGCGACAACAGACUGGCUGUGUUGAUUGUGAAUUCAAUCCAGGCAGCAUUUGCGAAAUCAACCAGUGUGUGAGGAGACCUGGAGCAUCAUGCGGUGGAUUAAACUCCCAGCCCUGUUCAUCUGGUUAUGUCUGCAGAAGAGGGACCUGUUCCCGGCUGCAACAGUCUGGAUGUCUUGAUUGUGGAUUCACUCCAGGCAGUAUUUGUGAAUAUGACCAAUGUGUAAGGGGACCUGGCGCAACAUGCGGUCGGCUAUACUCCCAGCCUUGCUCAUCUGGACAUGUCUGCAGAGGAGGGGUCUGUUCGCCGCGUUUAAGAACAUGCAGAAGGAGUUCCGACUGUCGACCUGACGAACGGUGCCACAAUGGAUAUUGCGAGCCACGUCAGCAGCAACAACGAUGUGACAGACAUACUCCAUGUAAUAUUGGUUAUAGAUGUCAACAUGGGUAUUGCCAACCAGGUUCCUCUCAAACCACGUGUAAUGAGUGGAAACUUUGCCCUUUCGGCCAAACCUGCAGACGUGGAUAUUGUGAAAAUGUCGGUAGUGAUGUCUGUGAUCCCAAUCGUGGUACCUACUGCGGGAGAGGUUACAGCUGUGUGAACUACCGAUGUGUACCUAGUGAUGAACCGGAAUGCGGACCAAACAGACGAUGUCCGAUUGGACAAGACUGUCGUUUAGGAAAAUGCUCAGAGAGACUUCCUCCUCCCCCUCCUCCUCCUUAUCUCCCGCAUGGUCAUGAUCAUCAUAGCGGAUGUCGAAACGGUCGUCAAUGCCCGAGGGGACACGAGUGCAUUAGCCGGCAAUGUAUACAAGUGAUUGUGUGAAAACGGAAAUAGGAGUUCGGUGCUACAGGAGGAAAGGAGUUUGAGCAGAACAAAGCAGAAUGGAAUAGAAAUUCAAUUGUAGAAUACGUUUUUAUUAUAUAUGAUACCAAUAAAGUAGUAGGCACGUUUGA